ACAACUGAAAAUAACAGAGGAGCUGAAAAAUGCUCUGCACAUCUCCUUCUUCUCUUCUUCACCAUUUUCCCAAUAUCAAACCCUGACUGCUCCUUCUCCCUCCUUUUCCAUCCAAUCAACAAGAAAACCCCAAUUCAGUUUUCAAUAGACCAAAGCAUUAUCAAAAUCUUUGUGGGUUUCUUCUCAUAGGGAAUCAAGAGCACAAGAAACGAUCCAGAUCUGCAAAAGAACAAGAGUUGGGGGUGUUUGAUGAGCUUUAAUCAAUUGUCGGCAUUGGGUGAAUGAGAUGAAAGAGGAAGUUGAGAUUUUGGAGGAAAGACAAGAAUGACAAGUGGGUCAUUGGGUCUAAGAUCAUCGAGCUAUGGUUCUUUAUUGCAGCAUCAACAACAGUUUCAAAAUGGAGGAGUGUUCUUAUUACAGCAAAAACCCAAUCAGUCAACACCACCAAUUGCUUCUAGAAAAACUUCAAAGAUGUUUGUUAAUAAAGAGAAGGAGAAUAUGCUUAUGUGGAUCUUCAAAUUUGCACACCGAAAGAAGGUUGGAAUGCUGUUCUUGUGUCUUGUUUCCAUAGCAGCUAUGUUAUGGGUACUCUAUGUUGGCAAAGGCGAAGUUACACAAGAAGUUCAUCCUAUCCAAACCUUAGAAUUCAAGAACAAUUCCAUCAGAAGUUUUUCACCAAUGAGUGUUGAUAUAGAAAACGUUAAAGCGAAUGAUUCUUCCUUGAUGAAUCAUGAAACUAGGAUUACUUUGGAUGACGACAAAAGAAUCACAGCUGCACCGCCACCACCACCACCGCCACAGCCACCACCAUCACCACCUGCUUAUUUCACCGGAUAUACUCUUCCUCCUGACCAUUUUUGUGAAACCUUCAAAAUGCCGCCUCCACCAGCAGACAAGAAAAGAACUGGCCCACGCCCAUGUCCGGUGUGUUACCUUCCUGUGGAAGAAGCCAUUGCGUUAAUGCCAAAAGCCCCAUCGUUUUCUCCAGUCCUCCAAAAUCUGACUUACAUUCAUGAAGAAAAUCUAACAAAAAGUGAGUUUGGAGGCUCAGAAUUUGGUGGGUAUCCUUCUCUGAAGCAAAGACUUGAAUCUUACGACAUAAAAGAGUCAAUGACAGUGCAUUGCGGAUUUGUCAGAGGAGAUAAACCCGGACGCAAUACAGGAUUUGACAUUGAUGAUUCGGAUCUUUUUGAGAUGGAUGAGUGUCGGGGAGUGGUGGUUGCGUCGGCCAUAUUUGGUGCUUAUGAUUUGAUUCAACAGCCCAAGAACAUCAGUGAAACCGCAAAGAAAAAUGUUUGCUUUUUCAUGUUUGUCGAUGAAGAAACAGCAAGCUUUUUGAGAAAUUCAAGUGAUCUUGACGAUAGCAAGAGGAUAGGACUAUGGCGAAUUGUUGUUGUCCACAACCUACCUUAUACUGAUCCAAGACGCAAUGGAAAGGUUCCGAAACUUCUACUACACAGGCUUUUCCCAAAUGUUCACUAUUCUCUAUGGGUGGAUGGGAAACUUGAGCUUGUUGUGGAUCCUUAUCAAAUUCUUGAAAGGUAUUUGUGGAGGAAGAAUGCUAGUUUUGCGAUAUCUAGGCAUUACAAGCGGUUUGACGUGUUUGUAGAAGCUGAAGCUAAUAAAGCAGCUUCAAAGUAUGACAAUGCCUCCAUCGACUUCCAGAUCAACUUUUAUAAAAUGGAGGGCUUAACCCCAUAUUCAGAGGCGAAGCUUCCUAUUAGAAGUGAUGUUCCCGAAGGAUGUGUGGUGAUACGAGAGCAUAUUCCCAUCUCGAACCUUUUUACUUGUCUUUGGUUCAAUGAAGUUGAUCGGUUUACUUCAAGAGAUCAGAUUAGUUUCUCAACGGUUAGGGACAAGAUCAUGUCUAAAACGAACUGGACCCUUCAUAUGUUCUGGGAUUGUCAAAGGCGAAACUUUGUAGUUCAGGGAUACCACAGAGAUAUUCUGGAGCACUGGCCACCACCACCACUGCUGCCACCUCCUCCUCCUGGUGCAGUUGCUGUUUUUAUGCCACCACCCUCCACCCCGAUUGAUGUAACACGAAACAUUUCAGCCUUGGAAACAUCCACGGAACUUAGUGUAAGUAAUAUCACAAAGAUCACGUCAGCAAGACGACGGAGAGACAGAAGAUUCAGUUCAAAGCGGCACCGGAAAAUUGGUAGCCAAAACUAGAAAGAUUUGUAUGUCGUAAAGAAGUCGGUUAUUUCCUUCCCUGGUUAGAGAAACCAUUUUCGGGCUAGGAAAAUCGCUAAGGUAUCGAAUUUUCGUCAUUAUAUAAUUUUAUUGGUUUACCAUUUUUUGUUGUAUAUAUAAUAUAUAUA